GAAAGAGAAAGAAAGAUAUAUUAAAAAAACAAAAAUUUCAUUUCCUUUUUCUUCUCAGCGUGUCUGCAUAAUAUUAGGGUUUCUUUUCUUUUUCUUUUUUGGAUCUUCAUUCCUUCAUCAUCAGAUUUCAGGCUUCUCUUAUUCUCAGGUUUCCAUCAUUCUCUCCGUGGAUAUGUUUGACAAAUUUCAUAUUGGAAAGUUAUUUUCGUGGAUUUUGAUGAGGCUUUGAAGUGAAUUCUUAAAUUUUGAUCAAAGGGGUUUUGUUAAAAAAUUUGGAAUCUUGGUGGUUGUGAAUUGUGAUGACUACACGAACAUCAUGGGCAGAUUUGGCUGCGAAUUCUGCAGCCGAGAAUGUAGGUGUUGGUUCUUCUUCUGCUAGCAACGGAGCUGUUGGUUCCACCUCGGGUGCUGGCCGACCUGUUUAUGUCCCCCCUCAUCUUCGUAAUCGUCCACCUUCUGCAGAACCACCUGCUCCUACUUCCAGUGGCCUUACCUCUAGUAAUGACAGACCUGGAUAUGGCGGAUCUCGUUGGACUGCUCCUAGGAAUGAUUAUAACAACCGAUCAGGACAUGGUGGUAGUGGUGGCCGACUUGGUGGAUGGGGUGGCAGAAGUGGUGGUUGGAGUCGUGGGAAGGACAGGGAAGUCAAUCCAUUUGGAAAUGAUGAUGAUGCAGAGGAGGCCUUUAGCGAACAAGAGAGUACCGGGAUUAACUUUGAUGCCUAUGAAGACAUUCCCGUGGAGACAACUGGUGACAAUGUGCCACCACCUGUCAAUACUUUUGCAGAGAUUGACUUGGGUGAAGUGGUGAAUCUAAACAUCCGAAGGUGCAAGUAUGUGAAGCCGACACCUGUUCAGCGGCAUGCUAUCCCCAUUUCACUUGCAGGACGGGAUUUGAUGGCUUGUGCACAGACUGGUUCUGGAAAGACGGCUGCCUUUUGUUUUCCAAUUAUCAGUGGAAUUAUGAGAGGCCAGGUUCCACAAAGACCUUUACGUGGGGCACGUAUAGUAUACCCAUUAGCGCUUAUUCUCUCUCCUACCAGGGAGCUCUCAAUGCAAAUACAUGAGGAAGCCAGGAAGUUCUCUUAUCAAACAGGUGUUAAGGUGGUUGUUGCUUAUGGAGGUGCUCCUAUUAACCAACAGCUGAGGGAGCUGGAGAGAGGUGUUGAUAUUCUUGUAGCAACCCCUGGAAGAUUGGUAGAUUUGCUAGAGAGGGCUAGAGUUUCUCUACAGAUGAUCAGGUACUUGGCCCUUGAUGAGGCAGACAGAAUGCUGGACAUGGGUUUUGAGCCUCAAAUAAGAAAAAUUGUGGAACAAAUGGACAUGCCCCCACCUGGUGUUAGACAAACAAUGCUAUUCAGUGCCACCUUCCCAAGAGAGAUCCAGAGACUGGCCUCUGAUUUUCUUGCAAAUUAUAUUUUCUUGGCUGUGGGCCGAGUUGGAUCAAGUACUGAUUUGAUUGUCCAGAGAGUAGAACUUGUUCAUGAGUCAGACAAAAGAAGUCACCUUAUGGACCUUCUUCAUGCUCAGAGAACAAAUGGUGUCCAGGGCAAGCAAGCCCUUACAUUAGUUUUUGUUGAGACAAAAAAGGGAGCUGAUUCGCUGGAACAUUGGCUGUGCAUGAAUGGUUUUCCUGCAACUGCCAUUCAUGGUGAUAGAACCCAACAGGAAAGGGAACAAGCAUUACGGUCAUUUAAAAGUGGUGCUACCCCAAUCUUGGUAGCAACUGAUGUGGCAGCUCGUGGUCUUGAUAUUCCUCAUGUUGCACAUGUGGUGAACUUUGACCUUCCUAAUGAUAUUGAUGACUAUGUUCAUCGAAUUGGACGGACAGGGCGUGCAGGCAAAACUGGUUUAGCCACAGCCUUCUUCAAUGAUAACAAUGCUUCUUUGGCAAGGUCAUUAGCUGAUCUAAUGCAAGAAGCCAAUCAAGAGGUGCCUGCAUGGCUCACUCGAUAUGCAGCUCGUUCAUUUGGUGGGAGGAAUCGUCGUCCAGGAGGAGGCCGAUUUGGUGGGCGUGAUUUUCGAAGGGAGUCAUCUUUCAACAGGGGUGGUUCUGAUUACUAUGGUGGGGGCAACAGUGCAGGUGGAUAUGGUGUGGGCUACGGUGCAGGUAUUGCCAGUGCAUGGGAUUGAAUACUCUCAUUUUUUUUAGUACUUUUGAGUUUCUAAUAGUAGCAGAGCUUCCCUUUCUUUCAAAAAAGAACAAUUUUUUUUUUUUUUGGUUUACUUAUCUUUUGCUAGUAAUCUUAGUGAUUGGCCUUUUAUACUUUAGGAGGGUUUUAUGACUAUUACAAGGAAGGGAGGGGGGUUGUAAGUUUGGUGUCGAUGUCGAAGGAGUAGAAGUUGUGUAUUGUGUUAGUAGGUAUUGGUGAAGAAAUUGUAACCAAAAAUAGGGAUUGCUUCUUCCUCCUCAUUUGCUGCCAUCUUGUGAUUGUUUACUGGUAAUUUUGUUAAGUGAUGGGUUCUAGAAUAUGUAGUGGGAGAGAGAGAAAGGGGGGGGGGGGGUGGUCGGUUUUGGCAACGUCUUUGAUCUCAUUGGCAUGUUUGCUCUUGACCCAGAAUUGUGGGGAUGAAUUGUUUAGACUUGAGAGGCUCUGUCUUACCAUUUACGAAUCUAUUCCCCUUUAAAAGGAGUUGGAAGACUUUUUUUAUAUAUUUUUGUGGUAACUGAAAUAAGAAGGAAGCUUUGAUGGAAAUGAAUUACUUUUCUGUACCGGCAAAUUGGUGAUUUGGAAUGGUUAAAUGUUGUAUACUUCAUUCUUCAUCAUUUGUCAUAUAGCUGUUGCUUUAGUAUUAGUUGUACUCUAAUGGUAUCAUUGUGAAAACGAAUAAUCUUACGAAUGAUCUUAUAUUGAAUAAUGAUCUUAUUGAAAUGUUUAAUGUGAUAUUUGAAUUUAAAAAAUUUUUAAUGUGACAUUUAAACUAUAAGUAUGUUAAUUAAUAUGAUAUUUGGAGGGUUGGUUGUAUGUCAUGUAAUACUCAUAUAGAGUUAGCUGUAUUAGGAGUGAGAAGUAUAAUAUUGGUAGAAAGAGAUAUUUAGGAUUUGCAUUUAGUUUUAUGAAUAGAGGACUUGUGUAUUUCUCAUUGAGGCUCUCAAUUUCUUUCUAUGAAUUAGAGAG